UCGGAGUUCCACCCUUUCUUCUUGCGCUCGGUUUUUCUCACCCCGUCGUCACCGGGAGUCGCCAUCGUCGUCGCCGCCGUCGUCGUCGUCGUCGUUGCGCGAGCGGGAUGGAGGGCAAGAAAGUCGAGCAGUAUUACUCCCCGCCGCCGAAGCUCGGGAGAUGGGAGGGCUUCCGCGUCUUCGUCUGGAACUCCGAGACGGGACAGUUCCUGGGGCGCACCGGCGCCAGUUGGGCUAAAAUUUUGCUGUUCUACGUAAUUUUCUAUGCCGUCCUGUCCGGCUUCUUCGGUGCGAUGCUCGCUGUGUUCUAUCAGACGUUGGAUCCGAACGCGCCGAAGUGGCAGCUAGAUAAUUCGCUGAUUGGCAGCAAUCCGGGUCUCGGUUUUAGGCCUAUGCCUCCUGAAAGCAACGUCGAAAGUACUUUGAUUUGGUACAAAGCCAGCGACGAGGGUAAUUAUCUUCACUGGACCAGGGAGUUGGAUAGAUUCUUGGAAGACUAUCAAAAGCCGCCGAGCGGUACGAACAAUUACGAGAGAGUGAUCUGCGACUAUGGUAGGCCAGCACCACCAGGCAAAGUCUGUGAUGUAAACUUGAAUACUUGGGGACAAUGCACGAAGGACAACAAAUAUGGCUUCAGCAGAUCCGCACCUUGCAUCUUCUUGAAAUUGAAUAAGAUUUUUGGAUGGGAACCGAAAUUUUAUAACGAUACCAAAAAUUUGCCGGCUUUGAUGCCAGCGGAUCUUAAGGAGCAUAUCAGACAAGAAGAAAAAUCGAACAGACUGGACACCGUAUGGGUGUCCUGUGCUGGUGAAAACCCUGCCGAUGUGGAGAACAUGGGUGCGAUUCAGUAUCUACCACGCCGUGGUUUUCCUGGCUACUACUUCCCAUUCAAGAACGCCCAAGGCUACCUAAGUCCUCUUGUAGCUGUGUUCUUUGAAAAGCCCAAAUACGGCGUGCUCAUCAAUAUCGAGUGCAAAGCAUGGGCGCACAACAUCAUCCACGACAGAUUUGAGAGACGUGGCUCGGUGCACUUCGAAUUGAUGGUGGACUAAGUCCCGGCCGUUUCGGUCAAUCGCCAGAUCAUCAUCGCUACUAACCGCGUCCAAGUAGGAAGCCGCAAGAGAAUAGAACAGAAAGAAGAUAUUUCUUUUUUAAUCUGCCUCGUUGGCCGACCGCGAUCACACCCUGUACCAUCCGGUUUUCUCUCUGCCCGAUGAUACCGCUCCGGAUUAGCCUUACUUCUUCUCAUUGUCAUCAUUUCAUCAGCUCAUCGUCUUCGUCGUACUUACAACGAUUAUAACAGCGUUAUCCAUCUAUCAUGUCAAUCGCCAAGAGAAGGGACAGAAAGAAAAAAAGAAGACGAAAGAGAAAGAAAGAUGGAAGAGAGAUAGAAAAAUUAAGAAGAGAAAAAAAUACAUAAAAGGGAAAAGCAGCAUAAACGAAAAAAAUGAACUCAACGGAGCAGUCAACUAUAAUCGAGAUGCACAAAACCAAACGGGAAGGAAGAAAGGUGAAAUGAACAAUCCCGCACAAAAACCGGACGGUAUCUUCUCUUAUUUCUGCCAGGGUUGUGUCACGGGGAGUGAUCUCGACCAUCGACGGCUAGUCGAUCGUUCGCAAAACUUAAUUCGCGCGCGAAAGAGAGAGAGAGAGAGAAGAGAGAGAGAGCGAGAGAGAGAGAGAGAGAGAGAGAGGUUCUCCCUUAGUUAAGAGCCCACCGACCGUUCCAGUUAGAUCUCUUGAGCUUUUUGUCACACGUAUUUUUUUUCACGAAGAUAAGCUCGGCCGAUGAGUUGUCAUGGCAGCGCGGAUGAUCGAUGAUCUUAGUUCAGCCAUGUAGAUGUAUUAUAUUAGUGUGUUUUGCCCAUCGCGUUACGAUACAUCUUGGCAUGUCGGUAUGUUGAAAUUUUUGGGCAUUGGUAAGAGAAGUGGUACUCGGUGAAUUUUAAUAAAAGACAACAGGCACAAAGGAAUACAAGUACGCGUUAGGUUCGGUUGGAUUAUCGAUCGCUAUCAAGUAAUCAGCUUGUAACGUUAUUUAAAACUUUGAGUGAUGUUAAUAGUGUUUCAAAAGAAAAUAUAAACCACGCAAGAAACCGUCAUCGAUACAAAUCGAAAUGUUGAAUAAAGUUACAAGUUAUGUGGAGGUUGUUAUGUCCAAAAUUUUUUUAAAACUAUUGGUAAGUUAAAAUCUUUAUAAAAAUGGAAAAAAUUGUUACAAAUUUUUAUUUUUGAAAUAUCUUACCGAAUUUCAGAAUGUACUAAAGUGUUUAGGUCGUCAGGUUUUUAAUAAGAAAGGCGUUAUUAAAGUCGUCUCGACAUGUUAUGCUUGCGACAUGAUGAAGUUACAUCGCAACGUGGAAUUCUGUGUAUAUGGUUAUAAAAAUUAUCGAAUGAUAUUUGUAUUGUUGUCUUCUGAUUGACAAUUGUUACUUGUAUUCCUUUGUUCUGGAUAUUUUCAAUUGAGAGUUAAAAUUAAGUGUUAUUAUAUUGAAAUCUGCUAUGGAGUAUGAUGAAAGAGUAUAAGCAAAGAUACGGAUAUUAAAGAGGCGAUCGAUAGUUAUUGCCACCCAAUAAUAUGUUGAAUGUGUAUGAUGAUCUAUGAUUCUAUAUAAUGCAUUUUUCAUACGAUUAAAAAACUGGAAUCUAUGGAUUCUUGCAUGCGGAGACACUCGGAUUCGCAGAUUGUUGAAUCUACUGAUUUUUGAGCUCAUAAAUGCCUCGGAUUUACAGAUUUGGACUCGUGAGUUCUUUUAAUGUCUCCGAUUAUAAGAGAAUAUUUUUUAAUUUACAAAUGACAUGCAAUAAAAACGAAGAGAAUUGUAACGAUGAUUUAAAGUAAUACAUUCCAUUUACAUGUUUGCUAUAUGUCAUAAUCGUUGUAUUUGUUGAGUUCUUGUUAAUUUAUUAUUUAUUACACCAUGAUAAGUUCAAAGAUCUAUAGUUUAAAAAAGUGUUUUUGAAAGAAAAAAAUUACAAACUACUAAAAGUACUAGGAAUAUAAAAUUUUAAGUUAAAAAUAAUUUUUAAUCUUUAAGACAUUUUAAUUUCAUUGAUUGUAUAUUUAGAAAUUUAUUGAACUCAGCUUAAUGAUAAAAUUUAGAUUCGAUAAAGAAUACAUUCAUUUAAAUUAGACAUCGUGACGUAAAAAGUCCAAGGCUCUGUAGAUCCGAGUUUAUGUGCGUGCGUUAAGAUACAGAGAUAUAUGAAAAUAAAGAUACGUUAAGAUGCAUGAAAUAUAGAAAUGCAGAUCAUGAUAUAUAAACUUAAAGAAUUUAUGAAUUCAAAGAUUUAUGUGAUAUCAACGAUCUGUACAUCUAAGACUCUAUGGGCCCAAGAAUCUUCUUAUCUGAGGAUAUAUGAGGGCAAAAAUCUAUAUACUCAGGAAUCUAUAAAUCAACAGCAAGAAUCAACAAGAAUCUACAGGUCUAAAGAUCUGUGCGUGGACCUAAGAAUUCAAAUUUAAAAAAUUUACGAAUACGAAAAAUUUGCAAAUACAGUAAUCUGUAAGUCCAAGGAUCUAUUGAUUUUGCUAAUUGAUAUUUAAUUUGCGAUUUGAAAAAUAUUUUAGUUGUUAAGCAUGUAGAAAAAGGUAUUGCAACACUGUCAGGUUGGCAUUGACAAGAUACAUUGUAAUACAAAGGAACUCUCAUGCGUUUAGUACUUACUGAAUAAGAUUCCGUGGAAACCGUUGUAAACUUACUGGAAGGGAAUUUAAAAGAGAAAAGGCUACACUUGAAGAGAACAAUUUUCAAAGAGCACUCGCGAUCAGUAAUUACUACAUUUUUAAUAGUGAUAGUACGAAAAAUGUACAUUGAGCGUAUACUAAUAUUAUAAAUAUGUUAUAUUAAUGAUAUAUAAUAUAUCGAUAGCUAAAGCAUUAAAAUUGUUGAUGCAUUAAUAGUAAUACUGAUCGUGGUAGCCCUCCGUAACAACUUAAUUCCAAUUUAAACGAUUGUUUUCUGGAUGUACUUAAGUCAAAGGCAACAUUGAUCUUAAACCGAACUGUCGAUAUAUCACAAAUAGACGUUUAGUCGCGAUCAAACGUAAAGCAUUAUAUUGCACACGGAAAUUUAUACUGGUUCUGUCAAAACUAUGCGGCGCGAUAUGGAAUGCAUAUUAUUUAUAUAUUGUAUCAUAUAAUACUUAAUAUUAAUUCAUGCAAUUCUGUAUCGGCAAAUUGUUAAGUUCUGUGGCUGAAAAGAAAAAAAGAAAAAGAAAUUAGUAUUUCCUCUUUUUCCAUUGAGACGAUAUUACAUUUGGAUAGAAGAAAACACAUUCCGAAGAUUUAAAUGAUCGAAAUAAAUCGAGAAAAACGAGUGUUGGAUUAUCGAUACGAGUAUCUCCUGACGGAACUUAAACCUGAGGAAGAAACGAUGUAUCAAAUUUUAUGUACAAGUAUUUUAUGUAGUUUCAUUAGGUUAAUUAUACUGUGCGAAUAAUAUGUAUUACAGUAGAUAAGUAUCGGUUAUAUAAAAAUAUAGAUCUUAAAAUCCGUAAAUCUGUUAAUCCAUAGAUUCACUGAUCACACACAUUUAGCAUCAUAGACCCUAGCUUCUACGAAUGUGUAUAGCAUCACAAGCUUGAGAGAUAAAUAGAUCAUAGAUCCUGUAGAUCUACAGAUUCACAGACCCAUCGAGCCACACGUGCACAGGUCCAUCUAUAUAUACAUAUAUAUAUAUUAUAUAUUCGCAGAUUUAUAAUAUCAUUUCUUCAUAUAUAAUUCCUUGAACCUAUUAUUAUUAUUAUUAUUAUUCAUAAGUUUUCGAUUGAUACAUUCACGAUAGUCGUUAAGCGCCUGUUUGUUAAAUCAGAAUUAAAUCAACCGUGCAUCUUGAGAUAUAGAUUUCCUAAAACAUUAUUCGAAUUAAUGCAAGCAUCUAAAAAGAUGUCUGUAAGACGUCCUCUCGUAGACAUCUUUAAGAUUUUUUCAAAAAGGCGUUUUUAGAUACGUCGAUCGAAUGUCUUGCGACUUUCUGAAAGGUACAUACGUCUCGUUUAUAACGUCUUAAAGUUGUCUAUUACACGACAUUUUCCGGACUAUGCAAGAGAGAUGUUACUACAGUAAUUAUAGUAAUUAUUGUAACACAAUCUAUUAAUUCCUGCGUAUCGCGUGCCUAAAGUUUGGUGAAACUAAAGCUUUAGAGGAAAUUGUAAUUAGAUCGCGGGUUCGCUCGAUCUUUAACCCGAGAGCCGCUGUGCCAGAUGACAUUUUGUUUCUCCCCUUCACGCUCUCAAGUUUUCUUUUUACGAGCAUAAUGCCUGCGUGAUCGCCGGAUAGCGGCUGUCAACAUCGACAACCAGAACAAACACAUCCGUGGUCUAAUUAUAAUCUAUAAUCGGUUGGCAGUAAUAGGGAAUAAUAAAUAAAAUGGAGACGCCUA